AUGCGCCGCUGUGCUCCGUACUGGAAGGCACCUCCGGUGUGGGAACCACCUGCCCCCACCCCAUGUCCCAUGACAUGCCUGCCCCUCUUGAGCUCCGAGGCUGAGCAAUCGCACAAGGUGACACAAGUGGGGGGAGGUGCCUUCCUCAGUCAUCCGUGGCCCAUGGAGUCUGAGUCUGCAUGUGGUCCGGUCUGGUUGUUUUCGGCUCCGUCAGGCACAGGAAUCCUCGCUCAACGCUCCGACUGA